AUUUCUGGAGGGUGUGGGGUGGUGAGGAGGUUGAGAGUGCUUAAAAGGAAACAGCUUCAGCCCUACCCAACUCCAGAGCUCUUUGACCUCAGCUAACCAGAUGACUCCUUUCCCCCACCUCCAGCAUACUUGAAUGGCUCUAGGUUGGACCUGGGGUGGGGUAGGGGAGGUGGAAGAGUUUGGAAGAGCCAAAGGUACAUGUAGGGGACUACCAAAAGAAGAGUGGGGUCAUUUUCCUCAUUAAAUCCCCACUCUCUUCUCACCCUUUCCAUUUCCUGUCUAACUGGAAUGGGGGUGAUUCAGGGGUUUCCCAUAUGCUCCCACACCUCAUGACUGCCUGGAGGGCAAUGGGUUCACCCUAGCCCUGGGCACCCAGGGAAGAGGGGGAAGGGAGCUCUCAGCACUCCUAGCUGGGAGACAGAAGUGGCCUUUAGAUCAGCAAGGGGCGCCAGCAGGGGUGCUAGAGUGGGCUUUCCUGUUCCUGUUCUGCUCUGUCCCUAGGGAUGGAAAGCAGCCUAAGGCUGGUGGGGGGUGGGGACAUGGCCUGGGGCUGUCCAGGUCCCUGGAUGUCCCGCCCUGGCUCCUGCCCUACCGGCUGGGCCUCCUGCCAGAGGCAGGCUCAGCAGGUCCUAGGGGCGUGGUAGAGCUGCAGAAGCAGAGGCAGAGGUAGCCUUCUGCCUCAGAGGGAGCCUUCUACAGCCAGAAAAGGAGCUGGAGAGGCAGCCAAGUGGAAGCUCAGCCUGCAAGGAGCAGGAGACCCUCAUACCUCAUCCUCCGAUAUCAGCUUCUUCCAUGAGCUCCUUUCUCUACUAUGCCCUCCCUGCCCUGGGGGGCUAUACUCUACUAUCCCUGCUCUUCCUCCGAUGGCCCCGGCUGCUCCAUGUCACCCGGAACCCUGCCUUCCGAUGCCAACUUGCUGCCCACAGAGGGGGUUCUGGGGAACGGCUUGAGAAUACCAUGGAGGCCCUUGAGAACUCCAUGGCCCAGCGAUCAGACCUCUUUGAGCUGGACUGCCAGCUAACCAGGGAUGGCCAAGUUGUUGUCUCCCAUGAUGAGAACCUCUUUCGACAAUCUGGCCUAAACAAGAAUAUUCAGGAUGUGGACUAUGAGGACCUGCCUCUUUACAGGGAGGAAUUGGAAGUGUACUUCUCCCCAGGCCAGUUUGCACAAGGAUCAGACCGAAAGAUGAUUCGGCUAGAAGAUGUUUUCCAGAGGUUCCCCCAAACACCUGUGUCUUUGGAAGUGAAAGUGGAGGAUGAGAAGCUCAUUAACAAGAUAGCCACCUUGGUCAAGCACUUUGGCAGAAGUGAAAUAACCAUCUGGGCAGCUGAAAAGAACUCUGUCAUGAAGAAAUGCCAUGCAGCUAACCCAGAUAUGCCCACCUCUUUCACUGUGAUCCGAGUUAUUUGGUUGCUGUUGAUGUACUAUGGGGGACUAUUGCCCUUCUUCUCCAUUCGUGAGAGAUUCCUGCUUUGCUUCUUGCCCACCAUCAUCAACAGGACCUACUUCCCAUCUUCCUGCCCUGCUGUGAAUAGAUUGCUAGCAGCCAUAAGUAAGAGGCUGAUCAUGAGGAAAAGUCUGAUCAGGCAUCUUGAAGAAAGAGGGAUACAAGUGGUAUUUUGGUGCCUUAAUGAGGAAUCUGAUUUUGAAGUGGCCUAUAGGCUAGGAGCCACAGGGGUCAUGACAGAUUACCCUACUGCCCUUCGAUGUUACCUGGACAAUCAUCCCCAGCAACCUAACCAGAGCAACUCAGACGGGUGACUCAGAGAGCUAACUGGGUCAAGGAUCUCUACAUUUUUUUCCCUUUUAAGUGUUUUGUUGAAGAACUGUUUUAUAUAUACACCACUGUCACUUCCCAGUGAUUCUCCAGCAGCACAGCAAUAAAGAUCUCCCUAGUAGUCAAGCAGAAGGUUGAUUUGUAUUGACUGCUUGGGCAUGUCUGAAAAUGUAUGCCUCCUUCUGUUUAACAUUUCUCUACCGAGAGGCAAGAUAUAUUUCAGAAUUGAGUGUCCUUAAGUCACAACUGGACACUUCUACAUUGAUUAGAAUUCUUUAAAUUUUUCAGUGUUGGUUUCCUUUAUUUUGUUAUCAUCCUAUAUUGUUAUCUCUAAUUCUGCCGAUUUUGCUCUGCACCAGAUUAUGCAGGUUUUCAAGAUUUCUUAAAACACUUCCCUUCACCAGCACAAUUCUCCCUCCCCACUGCCUUUCAUCUCUUAUUCCCCAAUAAAAGUUUUCUUACUGA